GUGAGGAGUAUUUUCGGGAAGUGAAGCAGCUUGUACUAAAAGGAAAAUCAGUCAUACGAAUCGACAAAUUUUUGGUAAUACAUAUGCGAUCGAUUUCAGAGACAACAAAAAUCCUUCACGCUUUGUAUCAGAACGAAGAUGACGUUUUGCAACCAUGUCUCAAGAAAAUGAAGCUCAAAAAACGAGAAUUGACGAAAGACGAUGCGAAAGUCAAGAAACACAAGGAGAUGGUUCCAAGCGAUGGUGAAGAGCUUGCUGACCAUGCCGAUGUCACACUGUAUGACGAUAAUAUCACGUGGUGUGAGUCAAGACCGUGUGAAGAUGAAAUAAUGGGAACUGAGAUCACGAAGAGCGAGAACAAAGUUACGGAGAGAAAGGUCACGAAAGACAAUGACAAAGUUCUCAAGAUAGGCGUCAUAAAUGACGAGGAUGAAAUUGGAGGUGUCAGAGAAUUUCCUUCUCCGUCAAUAUUUGCCCAGUCAUUCCAGACGAUAGGUACCCCGAGAUCCGAGGAAAUCUGUGAUAAUCCAGUCGACACAUGUAAUCCCAAAGACAGUGAGAAGUCAAAUGCGUAUCUUAAUGAGAAGGAAACAUGGAAAGUCAAGAGCCGGGACAAAAAGAAACAUGGUAAAUUUUUACGUCCAUGUCCUGACAUUCGGCACCGUCACAAACGACCAAAAUCUAUAAGCUCGAUUGUACCUUUAUUGAAAAAUGGAUUGCUUCUCGGACCCGUUAAGUUGAGGAAUAAAAACAUUAUGGUCCGUAAUACAUGCCCGUUUGAUUACAUUUCUCAAUCAAUGUUAGUCGCUUAUUGCGAUUGGGCUCGUUAUCAAGAGUACAUCUCAUCCACGAAAAACCGUUUUUUCGAUUUUAUAAAACUUUUUGAUAAGUCAGGUUGCACUCUAAAAGUUUACAAAGAAAGGGCUGAAUUGACGAGUCAGAUUAAGGAAAUUGAUCAUGGGGUUCUAGGUUGUAUGAUGAACGUGAACAACUUGAUGAAACAUCUGUCAAAGGACGAACCAUCGUACAUGGUCGAUUAUCAUUCAAGUUUUACAAGAUCAACUGCAUAAAAAGAGACAGUGUGCAGUUUGCCGAUUGGAUGAUGUGACAAAAACGAUCAAAAUCGGUAAUCAUAUAAUUGUCGACAUUGAGUGUCUCCAAUGGGCUCAGCUUGCCAAAAAUCUGGGACAUAUUGAGUGGCCAGGAACUUUCACGGUAGGUCAAGUCCCAGAACAAAUUAAAUUAGAAAAUAUGACUUACACUGUACAGUCUGUAAUAGAAUAUGUUGGCGAAAUGAAAUCAUCCACGCCUUGCGAAAUGAAAACCGAAGCAUCGAUAAGCCAUUACAUCGCUCAUGUGCGUCGAAUAACAGGUCGGUGGGAAGUCCACAAUAACAUUCACAUCGGUGGAAAGUCAGUAAUCACGACGGCACGAAUGUUGUUCGAAAAAAAGGUUGUCAGUCCUGACCUAUGUUAGAACAGAUUAAAUAAAGAGUUUGCUUUGGAAAAAAACGUAGUUUUGGCUUCUUGAAUUGCAAAAGAUCUUUUUUAUUUUUAUUAUUCUUUUUUUCGUUUUACACAGAUUUUUUUUCGUUUUAUGUAUGAAACUUUUAGCUUAUUUCAAACGGGGAGACUGUUUAUGUAAGGCUUCUUAAACUGCGAAGAAACGUUUCUUUUUUUAUUAUUAUUCAUUAUGUUUUUGAAUUUUUUAAUUUAUAAUUUGGGAGUUACACAUUCAUUGGAUCAGAAAAAAAUUUUAUGUUGAUGAUACAAUUCUUUUUUGUUUGUUUUAUAUAUAAAACUGUUUCAGCUUAUUCCGAAAGGGAGGAUCGUUGAGGUAAGGUUUCUGAAACUGCAAAAGAUCGUUUUUGUUUUCAUUAUGUUUCAUUUUGUUUUUAAGAUUUUUUUUCCAUACAAAAAAGAAGCAAAUUAUUUUAUGGCGAACGCGAUUUUCAGAAAUCCAACGAUCCAACGACGCAAUUGAUAAUGAACAAUGGAAAAAAAGCAACAUCCUUUCUGAGAAAAUAUCGACGGAAGAUGAAAGGAAAAAUUUUCCUAAAAAAAAUGAGAAAAAAGUUGAAAAAAAACAAAAAAUAAGAAAUCAGA